UACUCUGUGCUACUCUACACAUUUUUUAGCUGUUCUCUAUAGACCACUUCGUUUUCAUUUUUGUUCUUUUGAUUUAUUAUCACAAAUAUGAUCUAACCUUAAAUAUAUUUAUUUAACAUUUUGAUUUGAUUACACAAUGUAUGAACAAUAUACAACCAACAGAAUAUUUUUAGUGUUAAAGACUGAAACGGGAAGUUCUUCUGGACCAACACUUAAUUCAAUAUUUAAAAAUUACUUUUAUUCAACCAAACAUAAAUGUUUUUUUUAAUCAAAUAAAGCUCUUUUUUUAUAAUUUUCAAGUUACCUUUCAGCCCAGGACACCCAACUGAAUUAACCAGUCUCACUAAAUGAGCAAAGCUCAUUCACAUCUUGCAUUCUCUGUGGUUCACUUUAAUUGAUACAAUGAUCGCUUACAUUCGCUAGUGACGGAAAAGUUCAAUCGUUUGAAUGAAUCUGUUCAAAUGAGUCAUUCGUGUGCGAGUCGUUCCGAACACAAUUUGUGUUCAUACUGGCGAACUUGCUGUGUACAAUAUACGCUGAUUCAACGAUCCCAAAUGCACAUCUAAAGACAUUACAAUGAUGAACGUUAUUUUAAUUUAAGAAAUUAAACAUAGUUUGAUGCAAAACAAACAGCUAGCUCUUGUUCUGCAACUCUUUUUAGCGCUUCAAUGUGCUGAUAAAGAAACAGCGCUUCUAUUGUGACGCAAUGCUGCAACUGCAGUUACAAAUGACAGUGUGUAAAAUACAGGGAGCUUUCCUUUUGAAGACACCCGACAUCUUUUGACGGAGGCGGCCGCAUCAAAUUUCUCUAUACAGGAAAAAAACCUGUGCUCAUCCCUUCUCUUCUUCACUGUACUCUAAAGCUUCUAAUUUCAAAUGCAUUCUAAAAUAAUGUAAUUUAAUUUAAUGUACUCAUCCUCCCUAAACUCUACUGUACUCUAAACGACUCAUCCUUAUUCUACUCUGUAGUCUUAACUGCUCAUCCCUGCUGUAUAUUACUGUACUUUAAACUGCUAAACUACUGAUCCCUUCUGUACUUCACUUAACUCUAAACCUACUUAUUUCUAUUGCAUUCUAAAAUGUAAUUUAAUUUUCUCAUCCCAUACACUCUACUGUAAUCUUAACUACUCAUUUGUACUAUCCCCUUCCAUACUCUUAAAUAUUGUACUUUGAACUAUUGGUACUCUAAACAACACAUCCCUACUUUAUGCUAAUGUACUUUAAACUACCUAACCGUACUAUUCUCUGCUGUUCUUUAAACUACUCAUCCCUAUUGUAAUUUGCUGUACUCUAAACUACUCAUCCCUAGUGUACUCUGACUCUGCUGUACUAUUUAUUCUCCUCUAAGAGCUUAGGCGUGUUGGCACACUAAAGACAGACCCCCAGACGAGAUUCUAGAGUUAAUUCAAGCUUGACAUUUAUGAGAUAAGUGCUUUUGUUAAAGACCUUAAAUUAUUGUGGUUUACAACAGUCUACAACAGUCAACAAGUGAAAACUGUAUUAUUUCCUCUGCUAACUGAUGAAGAUUCACUAAGUACGUUUAUGGAGCAGAAAGUACAGUACCAGGUUUUAUUGUUGAGGCGAAGCUUUUAAUGUGAAUGUGAUGUACACCUGAAUUGUUGUUAUUUUCCCGUGUGAGUUGUAUUCACCUUAACUGAAGCUGUACGUGGUUUGAGCGCGUCAGCAUGCUGGUGAUCCUGCUCAACUGCGUCACGCUCGGCAUGUUCCAGCCCUGCCAGGACCUGGAGUGCCACUCCGACAGGUGCAGCAUCCUCCAGGCAUUUGAUGACUUCAUAUUCGCCUUCUUUGCUGUGGAAAUGGUGGUUAAAAUGGUGGCCCUGGGGGUGUUUGGUCCCAAAUGUUACCUUGGCGACACCUGGAACCGCCUUGACCUCUUCAUUGUCAUGGCUGGGAUGUUGGAGUAUUCUUUAGACGGACACAACGUCAGUUUCUCAGCCAUCAGAACCGUACGGGUUCUCAGACCUUUACGAGCCAUCAACAGAGUUCCCAGUAUGCGUAUUCUGGUGACCCUGCUGUUGGAUACUCUGCCCAUGCUGGGAAACGUCUUGCUGCUUUGUUUCUUUGUUUUCUUUAUAUUUGGAAUUGUGGGCGUGCAGCUGUGGGCGGGGCUUCUGCGAAACCGCUGCUUUCUUAACCAGAGCGCCAAUAUGAAGUAUAAUCUCUCAGAGUUUCUACAUGAAUACUACAGACCGGAAGAGUCGGACGACAUUCCCUUCAUUUGCUCAACCGAAAGAGAGAACGGAAUGCUGCACUGCCACAGUGUCCCACAACGCCGGGAAGGGGGGAUGUGGUGUGAGGUCACUGUUGAUAAUGUAACAGAUCAUGAUUUCAAACAGCCCCUCCAUCAUGGGUGUGUGAACUGGAACGUGUAUUACAACGUCUGCAGAGCAAGCGAUCAUAAUCCGCAUAACGGAGCCAUUAACUUUGACAACAUCGGAUAUGCGUGGAUUGCCAUUUUUCAGGUCAUCACUCUGGAGGGAUGGGUGGAUAUCAUGUAUUAUGUUAUGGAUGCACAUUCCUUUUACAACUUCAUCUAUUUCAUCUUCCUUAUCAUUGUAGGCUCCUUCUUUAUGAUCAACCUGUGUCUGGUUGUCAUAGCGACACAGUUCUCUGAGACCAAACAACGGGAGAACCAGCUGAUGCAGGAGCAGCGGGCCCGUUUCCGUAGCAACGAGUCCACCCUUGCAAGCUUGGCCGAACCGGGAUCCUGCUACGAAGAGAUGCUGAAAUAUCUUGUCCACGUCUGUCGUAAACUUUGUCGGCACGUCACUCGUCUCUAUGGCGAAUUUUGCCCGCGCAGGCGAAGAGGCGACGCCGCUUCCAACAGCUCCUUGGCAGGAGGCGGGACAAAUGGGUUUUGGGCCGACAAUGGGACAAAAAUGGGCCCGAGCCAGUAUUUUAUGACUCAUUAUCAUCAUACACACCAUCAUCAGCAUUACAUCAGUAAUGGCAUUGAAAUGAGAACUAUUCAUCCUGAUAGAGAUACUCAGAAAAAGGGCUCAUCCCUCCCACUUACGCUGCCGAAUUUAAGGGGUUUGAGGUUCGGAAUGAACUACCCCACCAUAAUGCCCUCCAAAGUGUGCGGAAACUCGCGGUCUCGCCGACAACCGAAGGGCGGGGCCAAGGGAUCGGCGUUCAAUCACGGGCUGUAUGGCAGGAAGAUUUCAGUUUGUGGUGGAUUCCAUGACACUUACAAGCUGCAACACGGUGUGUAUCCAGGCCCAUGCUCAAGUGUGUGUAUGGACGGGAGGGCAGGGAUGGCAUCUUCUGAACUAUCUUCCUGCCCAAUUUGCGCUCUGGAAGGUGACGGUGUCACCUGCGAUCCUAACGGUGAACCGGACCCAGAGAAACAGGGGCCAGAUGUCAGCGCGGAACACAGCAAAUUGCACCAGGACGUGGAGGAAAAGGAGUCUGGGAGAAAGAGUUGCGUGUGUGUGUGCGUUCAUCUCGUCCAAGUUGUGCUGAAGCGGAUUGUGGACAGCAAAUACUUCAACAGAGGGAUAAUGAUCGCAAUCCUUAUCAAUACACUCAGCAUGGGCGUGGAGUACCAUGAACAGCCUCAAGAGUUAACAGACGCAUUGGAGAUCAGUAAUAUUGUCUUCACCAGUUUGUUUGCGUUAGAGAUGCUCUUGAAACUCUCAGCCUGUGGCGUGUUUGACUACAUCAGCAACCCCUACAACAUCUUUGAUGGGAUCAUUGUUAUCAUCAGUGUGUGCGAGCUCGUUGGGCAAGCAGAAGGAGGCUUUUCGGUUUUAAGGACGUUCCGCUUGCUGAGGGUCCUGAAGCUGGUGCGGUUUCUCCCGGCCCUGCGGAGGCAGCUGGUGGUACUGAUGAAGACCAUGGACAACGUGGCCACCUUCUGCAUGCUGCUAAUGCUCUUCAUCUUCAUUUUUAGUAUAUUGGGGAUGCAUCUGUUUGGGUGUAAGUUCACUCGUCUGGAGAAUGGAGAUACAGUGUCGGACAGAAAGAACUUUGAUUCACUGCUCUGGGCCAUCGUCACUGUGUUCCAGACCUUGACCCAGGAAGACUGGAAUGUGGUUCUGUAUAAUGGCAUGGCCUCUACCUCUCCGUUGGCGGCUCUUUACUUCGUGGCCCUGAUGACCUUCGGGAAUUACGUCCUCUUCAAUUUAUUGGUUGCCAUCUUAGUAGAAGGCUUCCAGGCUGAGGGUGAUGCCAGCAGGUCAGAGACUAGCGAUGACAUUUCUUCUGACUUUGGUGAUGAGGACAAACUGAGAGAGCUGCUAAACUCAGGAUCAGAAUUGAAAAUGCAGACAUUAAUGCCCUUAUCCAACGGACACCUGGAACCCCGAGCAUCCAUGCCACCGCACAAAUUGCACACACAACUCAACGCCAUGCCCAGAACCGAAUUGUCACACUUCUGCAGCCAAUCACGUCGCAACAGCAACACCUCCACUGAACCACAUGACCAGAGAUCCAUGUCCAGUCUUUGGGGAAGUCGUCGAUCCAGUUGGAACAGUCUCGGCUACGCCCCCAGUCUGAUCAGACGGGCCCAGUCAGGAGAGUGCGAGUCGCUGCUUUCAGGAGCGGGACAAGACAGCAUGGAUGACAACCUGUCAGAUGAUGGGAAAUCCAGUCUGGGCGGAGUCUCGUGUCUAGGUUCCUUUGAUAUGCCAGAUUUCCUGCAGGUUCCACGCCCAUAUUUGGAGUGUAACGGGAGAUUAGACGGAGGACAUUCAUCCUCUCCAAACGUUACGUGCCCAGAAUUACCAUCCACACAGGGGGCGGAGGAUGAGGACUUUGAAGAGAGUUGGUUUGUGAUUGUGAAGAGACUGUUGGAGCCAUAUAAACCGCAGUGGUGUAGAGAUCAUGAAGACUGGUCCCUCUACCUCUUCUCUCCUCAUAACAAGUUCCGUAUUCGCUGCCAGAAGAUCAUCACUCAUAAAUUGUUUGAUCAUAUUGUCCUGUUCUUCAUUUUCUUCAACUGCAUUACAAUCGCUCUGGAGAGACCAGAUAUUCAACCAGACAGCACUGAGCGGGUUUUUCUCAAAGUUUCUAACUACAUCUUCACUCUGAUCUUUGUCGCCGAGAUGACAAUGAAGGUGGUUUCUCUUGGGAUGUAUGCCGGGCCGGGCUCAUACCUGAAGAGCAGUUGGAACGUUCUAGAUGGUUUUCUGGUGUUUGUGUCCUUGGUGGACAUCUUGGUGUCUCUCGCCUCCUCUGGGGGUAACAGAAUUCUGGGAAUCUUGAGGGUUCUUCGACUGCUCAGGACGCUUAGACCCCUCAGGGUUAUAAGCAGAGCCCCUGGACUCAAGCUGGUUGUUGAAACAUUGAUCACAUCUCUCCGACCCAUUGGAAAUAUUGUGCUGAUUUGUUGCGCUUUCUUCAUUGUCUUUGGCAUUCUGGGAGUUCAGCUUUUCAAGGGCAAGUUCUAUCACUGUGAAGGCUUUGAUACUAGAAAUAUCACAAAUAAAUCCGAUUGCCUUCAGGCCAAAUACAGAUGGGUCCGCAGGAAGUAUAACUUUGAUAACCUGGGUCAGGCUCUGAUGUCAUUGUUUGUCCUGUCGUCUAAAGAUGGAUGGGUUAACAUCAUGUAUGACGGUUUAGAUGCAGUCGCCGUAGAUGUACAGCCCAUUAAGAACCAUAAUCCCUGGAUGCUUCUGUAUUUCAUCUCCUUUCUGCUGAUCGUCAGCUUUUUCGUGCUUAACAUGUUCGUCGGCGUGGUGGUGGAGAACUUCCACAAGUGCAGACAGGACCAGGAAGAGGAGGAGGCCCGGCGUCGGGAGGAGAAGAGGCAGAAACGUAUGGAGAAGAAACGCAGGAAGGCUCUGCAGAGGCCGUACUACGCAGACUACUCUCCCGCGCGUCUCUUUAUUCACACGCUCUGCACCAGCCAUUAUCUGGACCUCUUCAUCACCAUCAUCAUCGCCAUUAAUGUACUCACAAUGUCAAUGGAGCACUACGGACAGCCCAAGUAUCUGGACGAGGGUCUGAAGUACUGUAACUAUGUCUUCACCCUGGUUUUCGUGAUCGAGGCCACGCUCAAACUGGUGGCUUUCGGCUUCAGGAGGUUCUUCAAGGAGAGGUGGAAUCAGUUGGAUCUGGCAAUUGUUCUUCUCUCCAUCGUGGGAAUCACUCUAGAAGAGAUCGACCUGAAUGCUUCCCUGCCUAUCAACCCCACGAUCAUACGCAUCAUGAGGGUGCUGCGUAUUGCCAGAGUGUUGAAGCUGUUGAAGAUGGCCACAGGAAUGAGAGCUCUUCUGGAUACUGUGGUUCAAGCUCUACCACAGGUGGGUAAUCUGGGUCUUCUCUUCAUGCUGCUGUUCUUCAUCUACGCCGCUCUAGGAGUCGAGCUCUUUGGAAAACUCGAAUGCACUGAGGACAAUCCAUGUGAGGGACUAAGCAGACAUGCCACGUUUCAAAACUUCGGUAUGGCUUUCCUCACUUUAUUCCGCGUUUCCACCGGCGACAACUGGAACGGCAUCAUGAAGGACACCCUGCGGGAGUGUAAAAACGGUGACAAAUGUCUGAGUUACCUGCCACUUUUGUCACCUCUUUAUUUCGUGACAUUCGUCCUGAUUGCUCAGUUUGUGCUGGUGAAUGUUGUGGUCGCGGUGCUCAUGAAACACUUAGAGGAGAGCAACCAAGAUGCACGUGAAGAUGCGGAGAUGGAGGCGGAGAUCCAGCAGGAGCUACUGAACAGUCGCAGACACAGCACCACCUCUGUGGGUGGGGCCACAGGGUUGGAGGGUGGAGCUUUUAGAAUGGAGACACUGUCUUGUGAGCAGGGCAAAGAUCCCAAUUAUGGUAACUUCCUGACAGUAGAAAGGCCGUCCAUAUCGAGGAUGCUGUCUCUGCCCAGUGACAGUUACAUGCUCUAUCCAGUCAAAGCCGAAUACGGCUCCAUUCAGAAGAGAUUCUCCAAACAGGACUCUGCAUUACCAGGCUCUUCUCCGUCACUUGGCACGCAGCCCUGUGAAGAUGGUUCGCUAAUGCAGCUUCCAGGAACCACAUCUCAGACAAACUUGGACUCGGUUUCUGCCUCUCACCUUCUAACUCAAAGAACAAGAAGAUCCAGCAAUGUCUCAAGAAUCCUGCGUCGACAGCAAGCAAUAAAGUGCGACUCCAUCGACUCCACAAACCCUGGAUCCAAAGACAGCCUACACUUUCCAAGCAAUCCCUGUUCUAAUGAGAAUCUUCAACUCAAAGUACCCGGCAUUUCACUCACCGGCGGGUCCGCCCCCUGCUCGCCACAAGCCUCGCCCCCUCCACCCCUGCGAAAUCGAACCGCGAGCGUACGAACAAGCGGACAGGUUUUCAGUCAACGCAGCAUCCCCGGACGCCAGAUUGCACACCUGACACAAUCCACAAAAGCACUUGAAGUAAUGCAUGCCAAUGCACAAAUAAACACCUCGGACAUUGAGGAGGUGAACCGACACAUGACAAAAUCUACCCAAAAAGGAUCCUAUAAUAAUUUAACUCUUACCUGUUCGGACGUCCAGUCUCAGAACUCAGGGCUGCUGCGUGUUGGGACGAGCCGUCAACAGGAAGCCUGCAAUCAUAGUCUACGAAAGUACAACAGCAUGGAAAAUAACUUCCUGUCACCCCAACCCGACACCCCCCGUCGACACUCGAUGCACGGAGAGGGGCUAUUUCUUCCAAUGAAGGCGCCCGUGCCAUCCCCUGGACCUUCGCCGAUACCCAAAAAGGAGAAGAUGAGCCCGCCCUGCAUCUCCAUUGACCCGCCCACAGAGGCAGAGUUUCAAUCUCAAGCGGUCAACCAGGAAAGCAGCUCGGUCCUAAGAAGGCGGACGCCGUCGUUUGACUCGGCGUUGCCGCGGGAAUCGUUAGAUCUCACGGAGCCCCUCCCACAGGACGAACCUUCCCUGCCAAGUCACUUGCCCCUCCCACAAUUUUCAUUUGACCAAUCAGAUGUAAGUUCUUUGAGCAGUCUGUCGGAACUGCUUUCAGAUAGUGACCAAUCGACGCACUCUUUCCCUCCUGAAGCCCGUUCGGGGUUUGUGGGAAGCGCGGGAGAAGCUCAGAGCCCACUCAGGAAGAAGGUCUUGGUCAGAAUGGCCAGCACUAGGGAUCAAGGAAAUGAGGAUUCAGUUGCCUAGGCAACCGCACAGGAAGCAGCCUUUUGCAAAGCAUUUAACAACAGGAAGAGGUGGUGUCGGCCACAGUAUGCAAUGUGUUUCUGAUGGAACUGAUGUUUUUUCCUGAUCAUAUUGAUUGGGGUUUUGGAACUUUUAGUAGUAUUCAUUACACACAUUGAUGUUGUGCAGUUUUAUGUGAUAUCAAGCUUCUUUAAAUGCAGAGCAAAUCCGUCAGUGAUGGAUUCAUUCAUGUGCGAUUUUAACCCUCAUGUUCUGUUUGGAGUCUGUAACAUUAAAACAUUUAUAGUAAUGAUUAGAAAUAACAAUACGUGCAACAAUACAAAUCUGCGUUAUUGUGAUACAUGCUGUAUCACAAUAUUUUGAACAAAAUAGAAAAAUUUUGCGGAUUCCCAAAGAAAAAUAAUUUGGUAAAUUUUUUAUUGAGGUCUAAUUGUACCUUCUUUACAGUAAAUUCAGUAAAUUGUAAUAAAAAUUUAUAGAUAUGGAAUAGAAAAAUGAAAUAAAUUUAGAAAUUUGAUUAUAACAAAAUAACAUUUUAUUAUUUAACGGAUAACAUUGCACAAUAAGCCACAUUUAAAAUUAAAGAGUAAAAAGAAGAGUAAAAUGACUUUCUCAAAUCAGUCUUAACAGAACAUGAGGUUUAUUUCGCAGGAGUUCUGUAUUUUCCAUUUCCAAACCCUUAUGUCAUAGAACUGAUUCACAUUUAAUUCAUACUUGUAACACCCUUUUGUCUUACAAAGGAUAGAAUAUUUAUAGAAAUCUUUUAGCUGAAACAUAUGCAUGGAUAUAAUGCAGACUGUGUAGCUGAAUGAAUGAAAUGAUUAUGUAUAUAAAUGUGGCAUGUGAUAUUUUUGUAAAGGGUUCGAGUUUAACAUAUUGUUGGCCUUCAGAUGGACAUAUAGUGUCAGAGGAAUGUUCCGGGUCUAAUACAAGCUAAGCUCUGUUGAUAACUGUGGCAUGCUGUCGAUUAGCACAGAAAAUAAUUAGUGACCCCGUCUGUACGAACAAGACUGAAGUCUCAUAAUCUAAUUUUUAGAUAACAAGCAUCAAAGUUUGACUUCAGUCAUUCAUUUCACUAUAAUUUCAAUCUUUGACUAAGAUUUACUCCGUUAAUAUUAAAGAUAUCAAGGUUAUAUUUUCAUACAUGGUUCUUAACAUUAUGUAGAAUGAUUCUACAUAAUAGUAAAUCACAAAUCCUAUCUGCACUGUAAAAAAAAUCCUUUCAACUGAAACUUUAAAAUUACAUGUUUUCACCGUCUUUAUACUAAAUUUGGAGUCUUUUUCUGUAUUUUUUUUUUUUUUUAAUAUGUGAAAAAUGUUUAACUGUGAAAUGACAUGUUUUUUUACAUAAUACGUGAAAAAGCUUUUUAAAAAACAAAAGUAAAUUCUGUAAAAUUACUCUAAUCUAGUCUUUGGGUAAACAAUCAUCCUAAAGUAAAUGCGUCAAACUUACAUUUCCUAAAGGCCCAAUUCACAUUUUGCGUAUUUUAUUUUAAAUGUAGACGUUCGGCAGGCAAUGUGCGUGCGGUGCGGUGUGGCGCGGACAAUUUUCUAGGCGUGCCGGCACUGCAUCGAGAUGGAAAUAGUUACAUUUUUCAGAGCGGGUCAUUUGAAGAGAGAUAACUGCGGUGCUCACGUUUUCCGCACGGUUUUAGGCGUGAAAUGUGAAUUUGGCCUAAUGUAGGUGACAGAGAAGAUCACUUUUUUAUGUAGUUACUAAAUAACUUUUUAUGUUUAUUUUUAACCAAAAAAAUGACUGGAUUGUAUAAGCACUGUUAAACAAGCUACAGAUUUUAGUUUUUUAGGUUCCUUCUGGUUGUCUUGCCCCAUAGACUUCCAUAAUAAGUUUAUUACAGUCACAGAUAAUGUCAAAGAGGUUAACUUGUAUUAAGCCUUUCUUUCUUUCUUUCUUCUGUCUUACAAAUGUAAACGGUUUCAAGCAACUUUCAAUGUUUUCUGUGCAAGCACAAAAGCUUCCAAAGAAAUGAGCUGGCAUGAAUGCUAAUCCUUCAAUUCAUUUCCUACUAAAAACAUUUAUUCAAUUGAAGAAGUAGCCCAUGAACAUUUACUCGACAUUAGGGUUGUAAAAUUAACCCCUUGAAAUUAUUUUAGAAGUCAUUUUCAUCAUAAUAGUUCUAAAUAGUUUUGAGUUUCAGUAUUUCUAUAUGAAGUUUGUUGACGCCAGUGUCAUUUUCACACAUUAAAUUAGAAACCCUUUCAAAACAUAGGCUUUUCACACUAUGCGUAUCUUUGGAUUUGCACAAUAUUUCAUAUUUUUGAGUGUUUGCACUGUUUUCAACCCUUAUAAAGUCUGGGUUUUAUUAGCACCAUGUUUUAAAGGUACGGCAUACAAAAUUGCAAAACACAAUUUGUGCUAAAAAUAACUGUUUCUGUGGUGUGAAAAGCCCUAUACAGUACAUUUGGGAGUUAAUAUAAUAUUUUGUUUUGUUUACUCAUUAACCGUAAACAUGUGUAUGUGUUUAUCAUUAUAAAAGCUGUAUCGGAUUGAAAGUGUAAUGGAGGGUUUAAGGAAAACCAAGGGCUGCUAUAUAAAAGUGUCACUGUACUGAGGAUAUCUGAAAAGUGUGUUAUGUAUGCAGUGUGACAUUGUGUGAGUGUGAUGAAGUGUCUAAUGAAGUCUUCAUGAAAACACAAGCUUUGCUGCAAUCCUCUUUUUCACAGUGUGUUGCCUAGUUCAUCACGUUAGAAGUGUUUCAGGUGUUAAUGAAAGAAGGUAUCAACUGAGGAUUGCAAAAACACAUGAUGACUACAUGUUGAAAAAAUAUGAAAGUGUACUAGAGACUGCUACUGUUUCUAUUUAUAAAGAUCGCUUUUUGCUCUGUCUAACUGUUAAAGUGUUAACUUUAGCAUUCAGAAAUUAAAUAGUGUACCAAUUGUUUUUGUCACAAUUAGUUUCAUAAGAGGUUUGUAGUUGUUUGAACCAUUUUUCAAAAUGUGGGGCAAAUACAACUCAAAACCCUGAAUGCAGUUUUAAACACUG